GGGACACAUGACAAGUUACGGAGUUGUGGACGUCUCGCUGCGCUCUCGAUAAGAACCAAAUUGCACCGUACUCUCUCUGACAUCCAAACGACAAGAACACUCAAUCUAUUUUACUUUUUCACGUUACCUGACACCGAUAAAAGGGAGAAAGUGAGCGAAGCAGCGCAUUCCUGGACGCGGUUGGGUCCAUAUUUUCUUACCUGAAGUGUCUCUUGACUUAGCAUCGCGGGCUAAACCGUUUCACGAACUUCCAGACGUCAAGAGCGGUGCCUCGGGCGAAGAAGACCCCCUGUUUCAGGCCGAGAAACGGACAUUAACGAAUUAAGAAGUGGCAGAUUCCGCGGCAUCCACCAUGGAGGUCUACACUACUCGGAGGAAACUUACUUUGCUCGUCUUUGCCUUCUGCUGUGGGCUCCCAGGGCUCUGGGCUCAGAUCAUCAUGCCUCAGACCAAUAUGGAUGUGAUAAAGGGACAGACUGUGGUGCUGCUGGCUUCAUACAGGAGCCCCCCGGGAACUGACCCCAGCAGCAACACUGUCAUCUGGAACUUUGUCUCUGAUAAACCGCAACUGAUCAUUUCAUACACUAAAGACUCGGUGAAUGUGGGCAGUUCAACUCAGUUCAAAGACAGAGUUGGUUUCACAGACCCAAACCCUGUGUCCAACAUCUCUCUGUACAUAAACAACACUCAGGAGUCGGACUCAGGAAAGUACCUGUGUCAGGUGAUCUCCACCCAGAGCCCGGGGCUCACCGCACAGCUCAGCCUCGAUGUCAAAGUUCCUCCCGCUGUUCCCAAGUGCUCUCUGUCUGGUAAACCUGUGGCUAAAGGGAAUGUGACGCUGAGCUGUACGUCCAGUUCUGGGAAACCCGUCCCCAUGUACAAGUGGAAGAAAACCAGCCCCACAUCUGAGGUUUUCUUCUCUCCUAUGCUUGAUGAGAGGACGGGCACGCUGAAGCUGGCCAACCUGAGCUCCAGUAUGUCGGGGAAGUACGUGUGCACAGCCUCUAACGCGGCGGGGUCCGAGAGCUGCUUCAUCAACCUGGAGGUCAUCUCAUCGACCAAUGUGGGGAUGAUAGUGGGCGCUGUGGUGGGCUCCGUGGUGGGCUUCCUGUUCCUCAUGCUCCUGUGUAUCCUGUAUCUGCUGAAGAAGAGGAGGGACAAUGAAGACGACAUGGCCAACGAGAUCAAAGAGGAUGCCCAGGCCCCUAAACGUGUCUCGUGGGCCAAGAGCAACAUGGGCUCCGACAUCAUCUCCAAAAACGGCACUCUGUCCUCCAUCGCCUCGAGUCCUCGCCACCACCAACCCUCCCACCAUCACCACGACAACCAUCACCACAACAACCACAGCCACCCUCACCAACAACUCCAACAGUACCCCCAGCGAGCCGCCUCGGACACCGCCUCCAUCGUCACGGCGACGGGCAGCAUGGCGGGCUACAGACCCUCCCGGCAGCACGGCUCCUCCACCCCGACGCCCACCCACUUCGGUUACAACAACAACACAAGCACGCUCCCGAUCGCCCAGGCCUCCGAAGCCCAGCCGGAACGCUACGGGCAUCUACCGGUAGCUCAGGCGGUGCCCCAGACGUACGCCCACCACACCCGGGCACCGUCCCCUCCGCCCCUGCCCGCCUCCACGGUAACCCACGCCAACAUCGCACGCAUGGGAGGGGUGCCCAUCAUGGUGCCCGCUCAAAACCAGGCGGGGUCUCUUGUCUAACGGUGCAGCUACGAUAUGUAUUAGCGCGAUGAACAGUUAGCGACAUUUCAUAUAUUAAACUUCACCGAACUUGCUUAUUUGCGUGCCAAGAAGCGGUUUUGGCAGUAGGACUGCUCUAGGUAGGAUUCGAUAUGCACUGUAAAUGUGUGGUAGGUUUCAUACUUUUCUCAGAUAUUAUGGUCUUGUCUGUUUGUAAUGUUUUUUAAUGAUUUUUACUUAUAAGAUGAAAAAAUUGGAGACUGCUGCUGAAGGGCAAUUUUGUUUUAGUCUAAUACCAAGUAAUAUUAUGGCAAGUUUUGCUUCAGCGUUCCGAUUCUGAUACCAAUGAGUUUGUAUUAAUGUGCAUUGAAACUCCUUUACUCUAGAGAACUUUACCCUAGCGUCAGGAUCUUUGCUUCGUCCCAGUUUGAGCUGAUCUAAAAUCUAAAGUUAUAUGCUUAUAUAGUUUAUCUGCAUUUUCCAAAAUUUACUAAAAUUUUAGGUAUCAAUAUUUUUUCAGAAUUGAUACUUUUGGAUUGGUCCACCCAUCACUACAGCCUACUGCAAUGAAAAAAAUACUCAAAAAAAUAAACUAUACUUUAGAAUAUUCUGAUAGAAUGGGUCCAAUAAGUGAAGAUAUAUAAAAUACAUCAAAACAACAUUAAAAAAAUGAAAGCGUAAUACUUGAAAUGUUGAUCAUUUAAAAUUUUUCACUAUACAUACAUAUAUAUAUAUGUAUAUAGUGGUAGACAAUGUCCUUGAAAAUAUUGAAAUGGAAAAACAAAUGGUUGUAAACAUAACUUUUUGAGAUUUAUUUAUUAUC